GAAGCCCGGGACGGCGCUGCCGAAAUCCGUAGCUCCCAGGCGGGGAAGGGAGGAGUAGAGGGGACUGCGAGGGAGUGCCGGCUGCCGGGAGGAAGCGCGGGAUGGCUCUGCCUCGGGGGCUGCAGCUGCCACUGCUUCUCCUGGUGCUCUGGGGCAGCUGGAGCCCGAGCUCCGCGGGCAUCUACUACAAGGAGGGCCAGAGCUGCUACCGACCUCCGCUGGGGGACCAGCCCCAAGGGCGCAGGACCUACCCCAGGCCCCACGAAUACUUGUCUCCCUCUGAGCUGCCCAAAGCCUGGGACUGGCGCAACGUGAACGGGGUCAACUAUGCCAGCAUCACCCGGAACCAGCACAUCCCCCAGUACUGCGGCUCCUGCUGGGCCCACGGCAGCACCAGCGCCAUGGCAGAUCGAAUCAACAUUAAGAGGAAGGGAGCUUGGCCAUCUGCGCUCCUGUCUGUGCAGCAUGUGAUUGACUGUGGAGAAGCUGGGUCCUGUAACGGGGGUUCUGAUCUGUCUGUGUGGCAAUAUGCUCACAAGCAUGGCAUUCCUGAUGAGACCUGCAACAACUACCAGGCCAAAGACCAGGAAUGUGACAAGUUUAAUGAAUGUGGUACAUGUACGGGAUUCGGCCAAUGCUAUUUCAUCAAGAACUAUACCCUCUGGAAAGUUGAGGACUAUGGUUCCAUUUCUGGGAGAGAAAAGAUGAUGGCAGAAAUAUAUGCAAAUGGUCCUAUCAGUUGUGGCAUAAUGGCAACAGAAGGCAUGGAUAAUUAUACUGGAGGGAUCUAUUUUGAAUACAAUUCUGAUCCUAUGAUAAACCAUAUCGUUUCUGUGGCUGGGUGGGGUGUUAGCGAUGAUGGAACAGAAUACUGGAUUGUCCGGAAUUCGUGGGGUGAACCCUGGGGUGAAAAAGGCUGGAUGAGGAUUGUAACUAGCACAUUUAAAGACGGAGAAGGCAGUAAAUUCAAUCUUGCUAUUGAAGAAAGCUGUGCAUUUGGGGAUCCCAUAGUUUAAGUUGUUAAAUAUAGCUAAUUAAUCUCAUAUUUGCAACCUCAUGGAUCACAUCCUUCCAAAGGUGGAAGUAUACAGAUCACUGCUCUACAAUGAAAUGAUUUACUUGUUAUAAUAAACUACUUUAGAAAAGUGGAAAA